AUGGCUGGAAUUGGCGCUGAGAGCGUUGCAGUUUUGCAGCAGAGAGACACAGACACAGACAGUCAGACGCACCAGCAGCAGGAGCAGCAUCCCACGAUUGCGCCAGAUGAUUACCUUAGAUCCCGGCUACACCGCGCGCACCCACACGCCGCUGUUCCUCAAGCAGUGCUGAUGCUGGUUUGUAACUUUGCUUCACUGGCCGCUGCUACUACCGCUGCAUUGCAUCCUGGUGUGGACAUUCCCACACUCCUUCCACUCCCACUCCCAUCAGUCCCAUGGGCGGCGGACCUUCAGUCCCAUUCCUGCCGAUCCACGAAACUUUGGCUGACAAAAGCCGACCUUCCGUUUCCACUCGUACACUCAAACACCACGAUACCCACCUUUUCAGUAUCCGUACAUAGUACUCGGAAGCCGGUCUUCUGGAGCAUUUCCCGAAAGUCUCUCUCUUCCAGCUUUACCUCGAGUCCUUGCUUCGUCUCGACUUCGAUCCCGUCUUCGAAUAAUCUCCCGAAAAAAGACUCCCCUACCUCUCUAUGGACAGCUAGCACUAUCAUGAAAGAUUGGUGCUAG